AUGUUUGUGUUUCAGGCUGAUGCUCCGAACCCAGACCUCAUUCCAGAUGAUGCUGUAGGAGUGACUGUCGUCCUUAUAACAUGCACCUACUCUGGUCAGCUUUUCAUCAGAAUUGGUUACUAUGUCAAUUAUGAAUACACUGACCCAGAACUCCGGGAAAACCCACCUCUGAAACCCGACUACUCCAAGGUGCACAGGAAUACUUUGGCCUCCAACCCAAGGAACCCUCGCUUCCAAAUCAACUGGGAAGGUCUAGCAGAGAAGAUGGAGAAUAACGAGAACCUGGACCCAUAUCCGUACAUCAGCAGGAUGCUCCCUCUGGCCUGUCUACCAGGAAAGAUGCCACCUCUUGGACUUAUAACUGUCAAUUCCCUGGACUGCAUUUAAAUGGUCAUAUUAGUUCUACGGACAAGCACUUCUCACUUGUAUACACCCCAACACAGCAUCACUGCAGGACCCAGAAGAGGAAAAAAAAAAAAACAGACAUAGUGGUACAACACAAACAUGACUGAUUUAAUAUACAGUACAUAAUCUUUGACCUGUUAGCAGUCUUCUACCCGAGGUGGUCAAUAUCUAAGUCAUCGGUUGCAGUUUUGAGGACUCUCUUUGCUUCUUAAAAAUUCAAUUGUCCUCAUACUUGUGUACACUUGCAGAAGCAAUUUAAAGCUUUGCGUGGUUAGAAAGGGUUGCUCACAAAAAGGUUUGGCGUUUUUGUAAAUUUGUACCAUUAUAAAUGCCAUAGAAAAAACCUCUGAAACGUUAUGGGUUACUUUCAGGCGUGUGUCCCAUCUCCCUUGUUUGCUUUAGCAGAAAAAAUGUGACCUCAGUAAAGAUUGGACAAAUUAAUACACAAUUUCCUUUUAACUUGAAAAUCAAAUUUCAUGAUA